UACAUAGGCCAGGUGUGUGCACAGGUGUGUGUUUGAAGCUGAUUAGUUAACUGCUGUCUGCCCUGCCGAGCGGACAGCAACCAGAGCUUUUCCGAAUUAUCUUCACUUUUAUAUCACAAUUUUUUUGAAGGUGACUCAAAAUGAAUGACACUGAAUAUCAGCUGCCUCUGGCUGAGUAUGAUUUCGAGCGGCACUUUGAUGAGAGGUUUGCUAUUGAAUGGAUGCAGGACAACUGGAAAAAGUCGUUUUUGUUUGGUGCUGUGUAUGUAGUGGUCGUGUUUGGUGGGCAGCACUUCAUGAAGGAAAGACGGAGACUUGAUCUGCGUCGAGUGUUAAUGCUGUGGUCCCUCAGUUUGGCCAUCUUUAGUAUCAUUGGAGCAGUGAGAACUGGUUGCUUCAUGUUGUAUGUUCUCAGCACCAGUGGUUUUAAACAGUCUGUUUGUGAUCAGAGCUUCUAUAAUGGACCGAUUAGCAAGUUCUGGGCUUGUGCUUUUGUACUGAGCAAAGCCCCAGAGCUAGGGGACACCAUAUUCAUCGUCCUGCGUAAGCAGCGGCUGAUCUUCCUGCACUGGUAUCAUCACAUUACCGUGCUGGUGUACUCCUGGUAUUCCUACAAAGACCAGGUCGCCGGUGGUGGCUGGUUCAUGACCAUGAAUUACACCGUGCAUGCGCUCAUGUACAGCUACUACGCCGCUCGAGCUGCCAGACUCCGUGUGCCGAAACCCUGUGCCAUCGUCAUCACUUGCACCCAGAUUGCCCAGAUGGCCAUGGGGCUGGCAGUAAGUGCACUAGUGUACCGGUGGAUGCAGGAUGGGGAUUGUCCCUCCUAUGUGGAUAACAUAGUGUGGGCUUCACUCAUGUAUCUCAGCUAUCUGCUCCUCUUCUCUUCUUUCUUUUAUCAGUCUUACAUGAAGGGUUCAAAACCCACGGGCAUCAAAACUGAGUGAUAUGACUGAGGUUUAUAUACAGGUUUUAUUUUUGAUAGUUUACCUUGUUAAAUAAAAUAUAUUAUUGUUAUAAUAUUUAUUUCAUGUUUUUAAAGAAAAGUGAACAAUGAAGAUGUCUUUUUGUUGCGAUUACAGUCUGGAUAUGUCUCAAGCUGUUUCAGGGCUGUGUUUUUGUCCUAUUCUGGUAUUAGUUGAGGAAAGCACAUCAAAUACACUUCUCUAUGUUGUUGAGAACUUCCAUUUUGGAGGGUGAUUUGAACUGAAGUGUUUUCUAUGACGCUUUGUCCUCCAGUCUUACAGGCCACAGUUUGUAAUCUUCAAAAGUCCAUGUUUGUUUACUCUUUGCAGACUUGGUAACAUGCCCUGAACCCAGCUGAGACGCAUGGUGUACGUUGUAGCGUGUGCCAAGAUCCAAGAUCUGUGCUUGUAGUUUGAGAAAAAGUGAAGAAUUUAUCCAAAAGAGCCCUAGUUUAAAUGGCCACACCAUUAAAACUUCAUCCAUUUGGUACAUGUUCUCCUGGGUGUGUAGGAAUUCGAGCGUGCUGAUUCAGUGUUUCCUCAUGAUGUUACAGAAACUUGAAUUAUCUGUGCUGACUGGUCAGACAGGUUCCUAGACAUUUAAAUUGGGCAUUUUAAGGCUGGAAUUCUCCAGAAGGACGACACCCUUGUUCUCGCUUUCAUUCUGCGCGUGUUUCUGUCAUUAGUUCAUUGCAGCUCUGAUGCACUGAAGUUACAGUAUGUAAUACUAGCUGAGGAGUGAUUGAUUUGGACUCUUUCACCCUUGAAUGACCUAUGGGUAGAGUCACUAUGAAAUUGUUCCUUCCUGGUUUUCUGUCUGUACUGAGUAUUGAAUCGGUGCUCGACAGAGCGGUUAACCUUUAGCCGUCCCUAUAAUGGUGAUUUUUGUUACUUUAGUCACUAGUAAAAUGCACAGUUUAUAUAUUUAUCAUGUAUAUCACAUAGUAGUUGGGGUAUUUGGUUUUCCACUGAAAUUACAAUGAUGAGGUUUCCACCUAUGAUCACUGUUAAAAUAUUGUAUUAUGUACUGGUAGGCCUUUGAGAAUAUUCAGUGGAACUAAACUUAAAAUCUGAAAUGUUGCUGCUACCAUCCAUUAAUUUUUUAUUUUUGUACUCUGGUCUCUCCUGCCUGUUUCUUUAGAAUCACUUUAAGACUGUGAAAGUUUCUAUGUUUGCAAAUUUCCAUUUAAUUCCGGACAUUGAUUUGUUUUAAAUAAAUUUUAUGACUUUGUCUUAAUGUUAGUGAAAACAUUGUUUGUAGGAGCAUAGUAUGAAGUUGAAUGUAUAGUGGCGCUAGUUUACGUUACAAAACAUUUACAACAAACGCGUUUACAACUCCUAUAUUUUAAAAGGAGUGAAAUGUGAUGUAAGCAUAAUAAAAGUGUCACAUGUAAAUAUUUCUUUUCUACCUGAUCAUCUGUACAUGUUCUGAUAGCCAUUGUGAAGUAAUUAUGAUUGUUUCUUUUUUUUUUUGUCAUUAAAGUUGUUUCUGUA